CUUUAUCUUCACAUUGUGAAUUCAGCAACACAUUAAUUCAUCAAACUUGUUUUUCCUUGAGUUGAAGAUUCCAUAAUCAUCAUGGCUUCCAUUGCUGCUUCAACUGCAGCUGCUUCACUUGGAAUGUCGGAAAUGCUUGGAACUCAGAUUAAAUUCAGUGGUGCAACAAGGUCUGCUUCAACUUCUUCAUCUGCUUCUAGUUUUAAGGUUGUUGCUCUUUUCUCGAAGAAGAAGGCGGCUCCGGUGAAGCAGAAGGUGGUUGCGCCGGCCAACGAGGAACUCGCCAAGUGGUAUGGUCCCGACAGAAGGAUCUUCUUGCCCGACGGUCUCUUGGACAGGUCCGAGAUUCCCGAGUACUUGACCGGAGAAGUCCCUGGAGAUUAUGGUUAUGAUCCUUUCGGUCUAAGCAAGAAGCCAGAGGACUUUGCCAAAUAUCAGGGAUACGAGUUGAUUCAUGCAAGAUGGGCAAUGCUCGGUGCUGCCGGAUUCAUCAUUCCCGAGGCAUUCAACAAAUAUGGAGCCAACUGUGGUCCCGAGGCUGUUUGGUUCAAGACAGGAGCACUUCUUCUCGAUGGAGGCACGUUGAACUACUUCGGAAAACCAAUCCCCAUCAACCUUAUUCUCGCUGUUGUUGCUGAGGUUGUUCUCUUGGGAGGUGCUGAGUACUACAGAAUCACCAAUGGACUGGAUUUGGAAGACAAGCUUCAUCCAGGUGGUCCAUUCGAUCCUUUAGGUCUAGCAAAUGAUCCCGACCAAGCUGCAAUCCUAAAAGUGAAGGAAAUUAAGAAUGGUAGACUUGCUAUGUUUGCCAUGCUUGGUUUCUUCAUUCAAGCUUAUGUCACAGGAGAAGGACCUGUUGAGAAUUUUGCGAAACAUCUCAGUGACCCUUUUGGCAACAAUUUGCUCACUGUCAUUGCUGGAAAUGUUGAGAGAGCUCCAACUCUAUGAUGAAUCAAAUCAUUUUCAUGCUUUUUUUUAAUCGAAUCUUGAAUGUGUACAAUACAUCUCACUGAAGGCAUUUUGCUUUAUUUAAUCGAAGCAAACUCACUCUUCAUUUUA